AGUUUUGAUUGGCUUGAUUUGCUUUAUUGUUUCAUAUUCUCAGGAACCUUUGCUUAAGUUGUACAUUUUGACUUUUCCCAGUUCCCUGAAUUGCUUCAGCAGUUCACUAUCAAAAAGCUAUACUUCACCAGAAAUUCGACAAAUCCAAAAUGCUGCCUUACUUGAUUUAUAGUGUACUAGAAGCCAUUUCGAAUGCGAUCUACACAUCAGUGAUCACCAUUUGGAGCAUUGAACAGGCCCUAAUCAACCUGAUGAUGUCCACAUUUCUGUUUGUGCUUGGCAUAGCCUGUCACCCGAUAAUGGUGAUUCCCAUGUUGCUUGGAGGCUACUAUAUUUUACGCAACUGUUGGUACCGUCGGGCCAAGAACCCGAGGCUAGACAGUUCCAUGGAUGGUGAUGUCACACUGAUGGCAGGAGUACGUCAAGUGCCACGUAUUCCCUCCUAUCGCAGCUUCAAUGUUGGCAUUGACACUCCCAAAGACGACUAGCAAGGAGAACACCGCGCGGCAGG